UCAAAACUCCAGUCGUUUUGUGUGCCUGCCUACAGCGAAGAAACGAAAAAACUUGCUCUGAGAAGUUCACACUACGGACCUGCAUUGACUAAUAAUCGCCUGGAUCGAAGGAAUGUUUACGUUUUUGCAAUAUUUUUCCACCGAUGGUUAUAUAUAUGUAGGGACGAAGAAAAGGGAGCUUUAAGUGCAGCACGUUAAGCAACAGAGGAAUUAGUAUUUUGUAGGGCUAAUAACGUUAGUGUGGCGUCCAGUGUAAAGCACAGGCGUUUUGCUUGUGCUGUUGUUACGGAUACCCGGGGGGGAAUUGUUACAACUUCGACCCAGAGUGUUUUUGAGGAAGAGUGUGCUCGGUCCUCCGGCUAGCUGCUGCUGAAGUUCCCCGGCGGUAAGGUGCAGCCACGCCGGGGGAAGGCACAGCGCGACGGCCGCUACUGUCCGGCUAGCUCGCCUGCUGCUUCUGCUUCUUGGAUCGGGGCCUUGUUGGUGAGGCGACAAUGCUUGACAUAAUGUCUGAGCACCAAGAUUCACUGUUGUCGUGCAAAACGGAAACUUUGCCCCCCGAGAGGAAAAAGAGGACUGUUGAGGACUUCAAUAAGUUUUGCAGCUUUGUCCUGGCGUAUGCUGGUUACAUCCCCAGUCCAAAAGAGGAAAGUUCCUGGUCUCCAACAUCUUCCAGCUCUGCUCACAGUUCGGGGUUAUCAGCAGAUGGAGGUGGUGGAGGAAGCAGCUCCACCGGCAACACAUGGGCAGAUGGAAGCUCAGACAUCCACACCAUCCACACAUUUGUUCGCAAAGCUCGAGCAAACAAGGGAAAAAGUAUUCGCCGCAUGCACUCUGACAGCACUCUGCUGGACAAGAUGCGCCUUAAAGACUCUCUGUACGAGAGCCAGGCCAGUUCUAAGGCCGAGCGCAAGAAGGACAAAAAGCUGAAAAAGCUCUCGCUUGGUUCUGCCAUGCCGGGGGCUGAUAGCGGCAGCAGCGAAGGCGAGAAAAGGGCACGCAUUAAGCGCAGCAAAAACUCUAAACAGCCGAAGCCUAAGAAGCUCAAAACUUCCGCGACUCAAAGCGAGACAGACUCUGAGGCACGGCACACGCAUACGGAGGUACGACCAGCCAGGGACGAGCUGACGGAGCACGUGGGCUCCACCCUCAGCAUGCAGGGCCUGGGGAAGCUGCAGCAGGAGGAGGCCCUCCAGGAAGCAGAGAUGAGCUCCAGUGAGGGGGAGACCUGGAUCGCUGACGAAGACAUUAUGGUGGAGUCAGGCGAUGAUUCAUGGGACUUGAUCACCUGUUACUGUGGGAAGCCAUUCGCAGGACGGCCGAUGAUCGAGUGCAACCAGUGCGGCAUUUGGGUGCAUCUGUCGUGUGCGAAGAUCAAGAAGUCCAACGUUCCGGACAUCUUUUACUGCCACAAGUGCAGGGACGUGCGGCGGUCUGGAAACAAAAAGGACCCGUAGGCAUGGAGAGGACGGGAGGGACGAGGAGCUACCCCACCCCCCCCUGUUUUUGCUGUCCUCUUGACUCUUGUUUUCUUCGAAGCCUACAGCCAAAACAGCCUAAAUCAUCACCUGGAUGGCAACUGUAUUGUCAGUUUGUAUGAUUUAUUUUGACAAUCACAACCAUUCUUAUUUAUCCUUCACGGUUUCUGUUUUUUUUUUGUUUCUUACGUUUCUUUUUAUUUGGCUAAUGUGAAGAACUGGACGGAAGACAACAGUGACAGUGGAGAAUCAUUUAUUUGUUACUAAUUAAUUGGCUUUAUUGUUGCAUACUGUGCUUGUGAUGUGCACAUAAACACUUGUUCUCAUAUUAACAGAAGGUGCAUUUUUGACUUAAAUUAUUUCUUGAGGAUUUAGACAAAUCAGUGGAAGUGUUUCAGGUUGAUAGCCAUUUCCUCUCAACUUCAAAUCAAUGCAAAGUUUUACACAUUGAGAACAUUUUUAACGUAAGAGUUGGGAAACGUCAACCCUGUUAUUUGUUUAGAAGUAUGUCAUAAUGAUACGGGCAGCUCAUUCUAUUUUUGAUCGUAUUUUGGCGAUUUAUCGAGUUUGCAUUUUUGUUUCGGUUGUCAGUGAUGAUCACUGAACUUUAAAUAUAGGGAUGUCACUCCUCUACAAUAAGUCUAACCUUUAAAUUCAUAGAAUCUGCAAUUGCAUUUCAAAUUGCACAUAGACAAUUCUCUCAGCAGUGCACUUUUUAAAAUAUAUUCCCAAAUGUCAAUCCACUGCGUGUAUGGGUAGUAUUUGGGAUAUGAUAAGCUACGGCUGGUUUAAAUCUGUACUUGGCAUGUCGCUGUGUACAUCCAUUAUUAAGCGCUUAAUGUUUCUCCCUGUCUGGCUUGUUAAUCAAUGAUAGCCAUUUACCAUGAACAACAUUUACAUUGAAAGCUGUUAAUUUUUGAUGUCUUUGUUUCAUGUGUGGUUUUUAGUUUCUCAUGUUUAAAGUGAAAUGAGGGCGUAACGUUGCUGUACGACGAGGCGUUUGGCCGUCCUUUCACUAUCAAAGUGGCUAUGAGGCUCAUUUAUGAAUUGUUGUAAAAUAUUGUUUUUUUGUUUCAUGUGAUUGUUUAUUUCUUGGCUUUCUGAGAAGCGGGAUUAGAGAUGCGCCCCACAUCAGAGAAUGGACAUAAGAUUGUCUCACAUCGAGAACAAAGCUGUAGUGUACAGAAAAUAAGUUGGUGCCGCAUAGGUUGCGGCGAUGGUUUAUGUUUGGUUUUUACCAUGUGCUUUUUCUUUUGUUGGUGGGAGAGUCUUGGUAAGUCUCCAGUAGCAGUUGCACUCUCUCUACAACUUAAAAUUCUGUGUACAUAUCCUGUUCUUUGACAACUGUACAUAUGUGAAAGUGAAGAGAAAAUACCCAAGCAAAAUCUAUAUUUUCUGCAGUCUGAUAUUGUUUUCUUUAAUUGUAGCUUGAAAAAUAAAAGUCUUUGGGAGCAUAAAA